UUUAUAAAAAGAUUUAAUACAAGAAUAUUCUGGUUUAUAAUAUAAACAACAAAUCCAAAGACAAACUUAUUAUUUAUUUAUUUUAAUGUCUCAUAUCAUGUCUUCAUUUAUCUGCAAAUGUGUGAACAAUAAGUACUGAAACAAAAAUGAAAGAAUUGAAACAAAAAGGCAAAGUUGUGACCAAUAAUUUGGUCCAAUUCUUGUCGGGAAUUGUUAUUGGAUUUACUAUUUGUUCACAAAUGACAACAUUUCGCUACCAUUGGACAGAAAGUCCGUUUUGUUCGGGCAAUCAAAAUCGCUAUCAAUUGGACGACAAGAUUGCUGAAUUGGAUCAGUUAGUCGACAGUAUUAAUAAGAAAAGUGAUGGCCAAAAUUUGGUGCUGAUUGGUGUGAUGACUGCUGAGAAAUAUCUGGACACUCGGGCCCUAUCGAUAUACCAGACUUGGGCUCAGAAUCUCAAAGGACGGAUCAUAUUCUUCUCGAGCUCGUCGUCGAGGUCUUCACAUGGUUUACCACUUGUUGCACUUCCGACUGUAGACGACUCAUAUCCGCCGCAGAAAAAGUCAUUUUUGAUGUUUAAAUUUAUGAGCGAUCACUUCAUAGAUAAGUUUGAAUAUUUUAUGAGAGCUGACGACGAUGUCUAUGUUAACACCGAAAAAUUGGAUCAAUUUCUGCGAUCAGUGAACAGUUCGAAACCACAGUUUAUAGGUCAGGCCGGAGUCGGCAAUAAAGAGGAGUUCGGACGGUUGAGUCUUGAGUCCAAUGAAAACUUCUGUAUGGGAGGACCCGGUGUUAUCAUGAGUAGUACUACACUUGAAAUAUUUGCCAAACGAAUACCCUAUUGUCUAAAACAUCUGUACUCGACUCACGAAGACGUGGAAAUUGGUCGCUGUGUUCGCCAUGCGGUCGGCAUUCCCUGCACAUGGAGUUAUGAAAUGCAGCAAAUCUUACAGCACAACAUCACUCAUGAGUUAUUAGUCAAAGAAGGCACUGUUAGCGCCAAACAGCUGAACAAACCGAUUACAAUACAUCCCAUUAAACAGCCAUCGACUAUGAGAGCACUUCACAAUCACUACAAGAAUAUUGAACAUCAAAAGACUAGACACGAGUUGAAUCAAUUGUAUCGCAACUUAUUUAAGACAACCAAAUAUCUUAAUAUAACUGUCGAUGAUAUUCUUAGCAAACUUAACUCCAAGUAUUUGACACCAAUUCUAUUGGGACAACCAAUUGAUUUCAAUAGUCUAACGAAACGUCCGUUUUAUAAGGAAUGGGAUUUUAUAUCACAUAAUCUAUUUUCGGCCACAAAUAUUAAUCCAAAGAGACAUAUAGAAAGUCAUAUUUGGCGAUCCAUUGAAAAUAGUAUUCAAGAUAUUAUGGCUAAUAUAAACAGACAGUCCAAACAAAAGGGUCGAACUAUGGAAUACAAGAAUCUCUAUUAUGGAUAUAUGAGAGUAGAUCCACUGAUUGGCGUUGAAUACAUAUUGGAUCUGUUAUUAGUCUACAAACGAUACCGCGGACGGCGUAUGGUAAUACCUGUGCGCCGACACGCAUACGCUGUCCAAACGUUUUCACAAAUGCAAAUACGUGAGAUGGACUCGUGUAACCAAAAAGAAAUAGUCAAUAUAAUAGUUCCACUAUCCGGAAGAAUCGAAGCGUUUAUAAGAUUUUUAGAUAAUUUCAAAGAAGUUCACACCAAAGAUCCGUUUAUUAGUCUUGCAAUUGUCUCGUUUCCAGACGUUGGUCAGACAUCUGACCAAAUGAAUCAAUUGCAAGCUCUGCUAAGUGAUCUCAAAAGAUCUGGAAUUGACAUACAAGUGGCUCAAUUGGCCGGUUUCUUCUCCCGAGCCGCUGCUCUCCAAAGAGGUUCGUCAAUGUUUCCCAACGACUCGUUGCUUCUCUUUCUCGAUGUGGACAUGCAUUUCACGGACCAAGUGAUAGCUCGUGUGCGACUCAAUACUAUUCACGGCAAACAAAUCUAUUUCCCAAUUGUUUUCAGUCAAUACAGUCUGAAGUUUAUCUCUGAAAGCAAUGUGAAUAACGUUGAUAUAUCUGGAGAAAGAGGUUAUUGGAGACAAUUCGGGUUCGGUAUUGUCUCCAUAUUUAAGAGUGAUUUACAAUCUGUCGGUGGAUUUAAUGUGUCUAUUCAUGGCUGGGGUAUGGAAGAUGUCAAUCUAUAUGAUCGGAUAAUUCACAGCAAUUUUACAAUAUUUCGAAGUAUUGAUCACCAGUUGGUCCACAUUUAUCAUGACAUUCAUUGCGAUCACUCGCUGACAUCGAUCCAGUAUGAGAUGUGUUUGGGAACAAAGUUGUCGAGUUUAGGUUCGGUACAAAAGUUGGCCAAAUAUAUCAAUCAAAAUAAGUUCCUAAAGUUAUGACCCAAAAAAUAUUAUAUAUUAUAUA